AUGUUUGCCGCUCGUGCGCCACAGGUCGCUUCUUCGCGCCGCCAAGGGCGCAUGCAGCUUAGCGCACCUCAUGCGCGUGCAUUUAGUACGAGCAACCUCGCGCAAGACGGCGCCAAGGAUCCGUACGGGACCCUCGGUGUAAGCCGCGAUGCAUCCACAAAAGAUAUUAAGCACGCAUACUACCAGCUCGCAAAAAAGUAUCACCCGGAUACCAGUAAAGAGCCCAGUGCAAAAGAGCGUUUUGUCAGUAUUCAGAAUGCGUAUGAUAUCCUCAGCGACGAAAAGAAACGGGCCACGUUUGACCAGUUUGGCUCUGCAGACGGCCCUGCACCUGGAUCCGGCGGCUACAACCCGUUUGCCGGCGGAUCCUCGCCUUUCUCUGGGUUCUCCGGCUUCCAAGGAGGAAAUGCCGAAUCCAUUUUUGAGUCGCUCUUUGGCGGCGCAUUCGGGGGUGCAUUUGGAGGCGCAGGUUUCAGCGGUGCGGGCUUUGGCGGACGUGCCGCGCAGCCUGGCUUUACGCCGGAUGCGCGCGGCGACGAUAUCGAUGCUACUGUCAACCUUACGUUUGAAGAGGCUGCCAAAGGCACGUCGAAGAAUGUCGUGAUCAAUCCUAUUGAAAUAUGCGGCACAUGCCAUGGUGAUGGUCUCAAGCAGAAUGCAAAGCGCACCACUUGUCAAGUGUGUCAUGGUACGGGUACGCGGACCUUUGUGAUCCAGGGCGGGUUCCAAAUGGCGAGUACUUGUCCCGCUUGCCAUGGUCAAGGCACCGUGGUUGCUCCCGGUGACGAAUGCGCUUCUUGCCAUGGCUCCGGCCGUGUACGGAAGAAGCGCACCGUCAAUGUCCGCAUUCCCGCAGGCGUCGAUGAUGGCUAUCGCAUCCGGCAGGACGGUGCGGGCGAUUCUCCGCUCAUGGGCGAAGGGUCUCCCGGUGCCUUGUAUGUGCGCAUUCACGUUGCACCGAGCCGCAUCUGGCGCCGUCAAGGUAACAACCUGUUUUAUCCUGCACACAUUCCUUUCUACACCGCUGUUUUGGGCGGCAAAGUCCGCGUUCCUACGUUGGACGGAGAGGUCGAUGUGCGCGUGCCUGCUGGAACGCAGGUUGGCGAGGAAAUGGUCCUUCGUGGGCGCGGUAUUCCGCGCCUUGAUUUGCGCAGAGGCUCAGACACAAAUGGCGAUUUGAUGGUGCAGUUCGACGUCACGAUACCAAGGUCUCUCUCGAAGCGCCAAAAAGAGCUUUUGCAGGCAUUUGCUAAUGAGUACGAGGGCAAGACGGUGCAGGAGCAGGAGAAGAAGGCAGACGCCGAGCCCGCGCCUGAGCCCGAGCCGAAGAAACGUGACGUAAAGAAGGCUAAAUACGAUACCGAUCGCGAAAAGCGAUCCACUGCGACGUCGGACAAGGAGGACCCGGAACGGGAAGGACCCGAGAAGGGGAAGGAAAAUGAUGGUGCGUCAUCAUAA